UAUGUCAUCACUUCUCAAUCUUCUUUUAUAUUUAGAGUUGAGCAUUAUCAUCGUUGACUUCAGAUUCAUUGCAUAAACACAUAACAUUUUAUUUUCUGCUACUUUCCCAUCAUGGUAGAGGCAAAUAACAGUUCCACUUUCACAUAUGACAGAAAAGCUGAAGUACAAGCCUUUGAAGAUUCAAAACUUGGUGUGAAAGGACUCUUAGAAUCAGGAACAUGUACAACAAAGAUUCCACUCAUGUUCCAUUCUCCAAAACUCAACUUGAACCACACCUCUUCCAGCUUCAUUGUCCCUAUCAUAGACCUUCAAGAUAUACACACAAACACAUGUUUGCAUGUUGAGGUGGUUGACAAGAUUAGAAGUGCAUGCAAGGAGUGGGGUUUUUUUCAAGUGGUUAAUCAUGGUAUUGAAGUUAGUGUUUUGGAUGAGAUGAUUAGUGGAAUAUGUAGGUUUCAUGAACAAGAAGCUGAUGCAAGGAAAGUAUUCUAUACAAGGGAUAAAAAUAAGAAAGUUAGAUAUUUCUCUAAUGGUAGUCUUUUUCAGGACCCUGCUGCUAACUGGAGGGAUUCAAUUGCAUUUUUUAUAAGUCCCGAUCCUCCUAGUCCAGAAGAAAUACCACAUGUAUGUAGAGACAUUGUGAUUGAAUAUUCAAAGAAAGUAAGAGCCUUAGGCUUUACAAUCUUUGAGCUAUUCUCAGAAGCUUUAGGCCUUGAGUCUUGUUACCUCAAACAAUUAGUCUCAGAAGAAGGACAAUUUCUUCUGGGUCACUACUAUCCUGCAUGCCCUGAACCUGAAUUAACUAUGGGCACUUCCAAGCACACUGAUAGUGAUUUCAUGACAAUUCUUCUGCAAGACCAGAUUGGUGGUCUUCAAGUUCUUCAUCAGAAUCGAUGGGUUGAUGUUCCUCCGGUGUACGGAUCUCUUGUCGUUAACAUUGGUGAUAUUCUGCAGCUUUUAACAAAUGACAUGUUCACAAGUGUUUAUCACCGGGUUUUAUCCAAGCAUACAGGUCCUAGAAUUUCCAUAGCAAGCUUCUUUGUGAACUCAUCAUCAGAGGGUAAAUCCAAGGUUGUUGGUCCCAUAAAGGAAUUGUUAUCAGAAGAAAAUCCACCAAUCUAUAAAGACAGUACUGUGAAAGAUGUUUUAGAACAUUAUUAUGAAAAAGGCCUUGAUGGAAACUCUUCCUUGCAGCCUUUCAGGUUGUGAAGUAACUAUUGAGAAUUAAAUUGAAGCAUUUAAUCAUGGUUGUAACUAGUGCCUUCCACUAUAAUGUUCAGUAUGUAGUGAUUAUAUAAAUAAUCAGCAUCAAGUACUAAAGACAAAACAAGGUAAAGGCACCUUGACUUAUGCCUAGUGAGAAUAAUUUAUUGUGUAGAAUACUAGUUUAGGGAGAUUGUAUACAAAACGGUCAGAAUAAUUUAUUUA